UCGCCGCCGGGCCGUUGCUCGGCGGAGCUUCCCGGAUCCGAGCCCAGACGGCGUCGGCCGGGGCAGCCUGGGCGCCGCGACCCUCGGCGGCCACAGGGGGACGGGGAGGAGGAGGAGGAGGAAGAGGCGGAGGCAGCGGCUGCAAGGAGGAGGAGAGCUCGCUCGCCUGUUCCGACGCAGACAUGGUGGACUGAUCCCCGGCAGGGCUGAGAGCAGGGAUUCCCGAGGCUUCCCCCGCGCGUGGCCCGCCGUGCCCCGAGCCCCGCACGCCCCUCGCCGGCACCCGCGUUCCCGCCGCGCCCCGCGCCCGGUCCCUAUGGAGGCGCCGCUCGCCGGCGAGGCCGCCGACCAUGCCUAGGAGGGCCGGGAGCGGGCAGCUGCCGCUACCCCGGGGCUGGGAGGAGGCCAGGGACUACGACGGCAAGGUUUUCUACAUCGACCACAACACCAGGAGGACCAGCUGGAUCGACCCCCGGGACAGGUUAACGAAGCCCCUGUCCUUCGCCGACUGUGUCGGGGAUGAGCUGCCGUGGGGAUGGGAGGCAGGCUUUGACCCCCAGAUUGGUGCCUACUACAUCGAUCACAUCAACAAAACCACACAGAUUGAAGACCCGAGGAAACAGUGGCGGGGCGAGCAGGAGAAGAUGCUCAGGGACUAUCUGUCCGUGGCGCAGGACGCGCUCAGGACGCAGAAGGAGCUGUACCACGUGAAGGAGCAGAGGCUGGCACUGGCCCUGGAUGAGUAUGUGCGGCUGAACGACGCCUACCAGGAGAAGUCGAGCUCCCACACAAGCCUCUUCUCAGGGUCUUCAUCUAGCACUAAAUAUGAUCCUGAUAUUUUAAAAGCCGAGAUCUCCACCACGCGAUUAAGGGUUAAAAAGCUGAAAAGAGAACUCUCCCAGAUGAAGCAAGAACUUCUCUAUAAGCAGCAAGGCUUCGAAACGCUGCAACAAAUUGAUGAAAAGAUGUCUGGAGGCCAGAGUGGGUAUGAACUUAGUGAAGCCAAAGCCAUCCUGACAGAACUGAAGUCUAUCAGAAAAGCAAUCAGCUCAGGAGAAAAAGAAAAGCAAGACCUGAUGCAGAGUCUUGCUAAGCUGCAGGAGCGAUUUCAUUUGGAUCAAAACAUGGGCAGUUCCGAGCCGGAUCUGAGGUCUAGUCCUGUGAAUUCUCAUCUCUCUUUGUGCAGACAGACCCUUGAUGCUGGAUCACAGACAAGCAUUUCUGGAGAGAUUGGGGUUCGAAGCAGAUCAAAUUUAGCUGAAAAGGUCAGGCUGAGUCUCCAGUAUGAAGAAGCCAAAAGAAGCAUGGCUAACCUGAAAAUAGAACUGUCAAAGUUGGAUGGUGAGGCCUGGCCCGGGGCUUUGGACAUCGAGAAGGAGAAGUUGAUGCUGAUUCAUGAAAAAGAAGAACUUCUGAAGGAGCUGCAGUUUGUCACCCCACAGAAGCGCACGCAGGACGAGCUGGAGCGCCUGGAGGCAGAGCGCCAGCGCCUGGAGGAGGAGCUGGCGGCUGGGCGGGGCUUGCCCAGCAGGGCUCUGGCUGAGAGAUUGAAAUUGGAAGAGAAAAGAAAACAGCUGCUCCAGAAACUUGAAGAAACUACUAAAUUAACUGCUCACCUGUACUCACAACUUAAAAGCCUCUCCUCCAGCACACUGUCCAUGUCAUCUGGGAGCAGCCUGGGGUCCCUGGCCUCUAGCCGGGGCUCUCUGAACACCUCCAGCCGAGGGUCCCUCAACUCCCUCAGUUCCAGUGAACUCUAUUACAGCAGCCAGGGCGACCAGACGGACACGGACUAUCAGUAUAAACUGGACUUCCUUCUUCAAGAGAAGGGUGGCUACAUUCCUUCCGGACCCAUCACCACCAUCCACGAAAAUGAGGUGGUCAAGUCCCCCAGCCAGCCUGGCCAGAGUGGACUCUGCGGGGCGGGAGUUGCCGCAGCCAGCCACACCCCCCCACUGACGGAGGCCUCCAAGUCAGUGACAUCCCUGUCCUCCAGGUCCUCUCUGUCCUCCUUGUCCCCUCCCGGCUCUCCUCUGAUCUUGGACAGCACCUUCCCAGGCUCUUCCCAGGACGCCUCUCCGCACCAGUUCCCUGCCGACUUUGAGGACUGUGAGCUGAGUCCCCGCUUUGCUGACCUUGGCCUCCGUGAAACUCAGGUCUUGCUGAAUUCAGACUCCCAGUCCCUCCUUGAGGAUAAAGGCCUGGGCGAAUGCCCUGGGGAGCUGCUGUGUGAGGGAGCCGCAGAUGUAGAAAAGUCAUUACCCAAAAGAAGAGGACUCCAUCUUCGAGGAGACAAGACUGCUCGGGUAUCCGCUGCUGCUUCCGACGAAUCUGUGGCUGGAGACAGCGGGGUCUACGAGGCCUCCGUGCAGCAGCCUGGGGACAUGGAAGACAUUGCCUGCAGUGAAGAGGAUGCCGCCAUCAUGGAGACUGCCCAGGUGCAGAUAGGACUCAGAUACGAUACAAAGAGUUCAAGUUUCAUGGUGAUUAUAGCACAACUCCGAAAUCUUCAUGCUUUCUUGAUACCUCAUUCUUCAAAAGUGUAUUUUAGGGUCGCCCUGCUUCCCUCCUCGGCGGAUGUCAGCUGUCUAUUUCGAACAAAAGUCCAUCCCCCCACCGAAUCUGUGCUGUAUAAUGAUGUGUUCAGGGUGGCCAUUUCUCAGGCAGCCCUUCAACAGAAGACGCUGAGAGUCGAUCUCUGCUCCGUCAGCAAACACCGCAGGGAGGGAUGCCUGGCUGGGACGCAGAUCAGCCUGGCGGAUUUACCAUUCUCCAAUGAGAUUUUCAUGCUGUGGUAUAAUUUGCUUCCGUCCAAGCAAAUGCCUUGCAAGAAGAAUGAGGAAGAAAACGGGGAGCCCGGAGCUCAGUCAAAGCAGCCCACACUUGACCCUAUAGACUUGGACGCCGUGUCCGCCUUACUUGCCAGAACUUCAGCUGAGCUGUUGGCUGUGGAGCAGGAACUGGCCCAGGAGGAGGAGGAGGAAGAGGAGGAAGAACCGGGGCCAGAGCAGCGGGGUCCAGGGGAAGAUUGCUUGACGAUGCUAAGAGAGGCCUCUGACGGAACUGCGGCUGCAGGAGCGGCUGGGGCUCACGCGGCAGAGGGCGGUCGCUGCACAGAAGACCCGAGACUGUGCACGAGGGGGCCUGAGGCGAGCCAGGGCAAGAAGGAGCACUCCGAAGACCCUGGCCAGCUGACCACUGGAGCUCCCACCCUGGUCGAUAAGGAGACGAAUACGGAAGAAGCAGUUGACAGCAAUAUGGCAGUUCGCCCUAAAGACCGUAGCAGCCUGAGCUCUCGACAGCAUCCAUUUGUGAGAAACAGCGUGAUAGUGCGCUCACAAACCUUCUCCCCAGGCGAGCGGAGUCAGUACAUCUGCAGGUUAAAUCGCAGUGACAGCGACAGCUCAACUUUGGCCAAAAAAUCCUUGUUUGUGAGAAACUCCACGGAGCGGCGCAGUUUGCGGGUCAAAAGGGCAGUCUGCCAGCCCACGCUCAGGAGGCCUGCUCAGGAAUGCCCUGUGCGCACAUCCCUGGACCUGGAGCUGGACCUGCAGGCCUCACUGACCCGCCAGAGCCGCCUCAAUGACGAGUUGCAGGCCCUGAGAGGCUUACGGCAGAAGCUGGAGGAGCUGAAAGCUCAGGGAGAGACUGACCUUCCCCCGGGCGUGCUGGAGGAUGAAAGAUUCCAGAAACUUCUGAAGCAAGCAGAGAAACAGGCUGAGCAGACAAAGGAAGAACAGAAGCAAGACCGGAACGCAGAGAGGCUGAUGAGGCAGGUCUCCAAGGACGUGUGCCGGCUGCGGGAGCAGAGCCAGAAGGAGCCUCGGCAGGUGCAGUCCUUCAGGGAGAAGAUUGCCUACUUCACACGAGCAAAGAUCAGCAUCCCGUCCCUGCCGGCUGACGACGUGUGACCCUGGGACCUAACCCCACUUCUCAGCUGCUCAUUUCCAAGGGACGGUCAAAGACUGAAUGUUGACUUUUUUGUUGUUUUUAUACUUUUUGUUGGGGUCGGGGCUUGUGUUUCCUGUAACAUAACUGUCAACUCUUGAAGAGCUUCCGUUUCCCACCGGUUUCAUCAGGCUAAUUUGUAAAGUACUUUGAAUGUACAUGCUUUGAGAAGAAAAAAGAACUCACAAAACAAA